AUUGCUCUUUGGCUUUGGCUUCCCAAACGUUUUGGUUGUGUUUUCUAUUAUUUGCCCACAUGGGAAAUACGAAUUAAAAAAAUAAUUCAUUUUUUUUUGUUAAGCUGUUAUCUAGUUUUAAUAAAAAUGAGCUCGCUUUUUAUUGUCGACACGGACAGAAAUUUAAACCUUCUGGACGAUAAUGAUGAAAAGAGCUUCACAAAUAAAAUAUCAAAGAUCCAGUACCAUCAAGAAGAAGAGCCAAAAUCACUUCUACAGAAACCUCUGUUUGAAGAUGACAUUGAUCCUGGCUCGGAAGAAGAAGACGACGGUGACUAUGGAGGUCUACCGCCACCAAGUCAUGAUAUUUCCCAUCUCUUGAAGAAAUUUACCCAAGAAGAGCCUAAAACAAAAGCUGAACUUGAUAUGGAAUACGCCAUUGAAUCGGUUAAAGCAGCAGACGAAUCUAAAGCAGCAAAUAAGUCUAAGCAGCCUUUCCGUUACCAAAGACGUCCCAACAAAGACCUUAUAUUUCCUGAAUAUGAUAAAAAUACUGGCAAAAUUACAGACAUUUUAUCGGAAACCAAUGUGGCUGAGGAAUUGAAAACAUCCACAUUAAACGGAAUAGAAAAAGAAAAGUCCCUGCCUCGACUUCCUGAUCGAAAACUUCGAGAUCUAAGAAGGAUUGAAAGGGCCAAGACAAAGGGUGAAGGAUGGUUCAAUAUGCCAGCAACUGAAGUAACGGAGGAGGUUGAAAACGAUUUGAAAAUACUUCAAAUGAGAUCGGUUCUAAAUCCCAAACAGUUCUAUAAGAAAAAUGAUCUUAAAGUACUGCCCAAGUACUUCCAGAUUGGUACUGUGCAACAUUCGCCUCUGGAUUAUUACAAAGAACGAGAUACUCGCCGAAACAAAAAGAAAUCUUUGGUUGAGGAUUUGUUAGCAGAUGCAGAGUUUCAAAAAUAUAACAAGCGUAAGUACAAGGAGACAAUAGCGAAAAAUGAUAAAUAUGCCCAUAGAAAAGCAAUGAAGAAAAUGAAGAAAUUAAAAAAGAAUAAAAAAUAACUAUGAUUUUAAAUGAAUAAAUCAA